AUGAACGAUUUUUGCAAAGUCCGCACAAGAAAUCUUCGCAUCGACAUGACAAAUUGUCUUGAUGUAACUGGUUCCGCCCAUCAUUCCGAUCCAAUCGCUCAAUUCCUCCGCUCCGAUUUCACAGAACUUCGUGAAUUGUGUGAUGUUCGCCUUCGGUUUGAAGAUGAGUCUAUUAUGACUCAUUCUGUAAUUUUGGCUGCUUUCUCAUCAACAUUCUCUGAAAAAUUGAAGAAACCACAGAAAUUUGAUUUGGAUUUGAAGUUUUUGAAGAAGGAAAGCGUUAAAAAAGUGUUGGAUUUUAUGUAUUUCGAAAAGGUCAAACUUUGUUUUGGAAAUUUGCAUGAUGAUCUGGAGGCAAUUUCUUAUUUUGGAGUCAGUUCAUUGCAAGAAGAAGUUGAAAAGAAACUGAUUGUCCUGGCAAAACAAGGCAAAUGUGUGGAUGUUCUGAAUCUGAUUACAGCCAAUCUGAAAGCGAUUCCACAUUCUCCGUCCACGAUGCUGGCUGUAUCGGAUGAAACUGUCAGUGAAAUAGUCUCAACUCUUCAUGAACUAUCCUCUACAAACAAGAUUCCAUACGAAGAGAUUCUGAAACUCUCCACUAAUACAAUCAUCACAAUGUUAUCGUCAAGAAUUCAAGAUUUGAAGAAAGUUGAUAUAAUCAAUAUGUCAUUGAAAUGGAUUUAUGAACGUCGUCUGAGUAAUCACCGAGCUUCGAAUAUUCUUCGUGGAUUGACAUUCGGAACAAUGACUUAUGCUGAAUUAGUUAAUUUCCGUGAUUCUUUGAUUCAGACAGCACUUCCCGUCGCAGUUGGAAGAUGCGUUCGUUUGAAGAUGGGAGAGAAUGAUACGCUGGAGAUCGAAUUCACUUAUGCCGAGUCUUCGGGAUAUCAACCACCCAGUAACAAGUCGGUGAUCACUCCAUCAGUCUCUCUGAGCAAUGAUCCAACUUCUCUGGGUGUUGUCACACUUCCAGGAACUCUUUCUGCAGAAAUAACAAAUGCCUCAUCGUCGCACACAAAUUUCGAAAGGUCCAGUAAAUCAGCUGAUUGCAAUGUCGACGACUGUAAUACCGCAAUGUCCUUCACAGUUGAAGAUCUGAAACGUCUUGGAUUCGAUCAGACGAGAGGACAGAACAAAAAGUAG